AUGGAGAGGGGUGGUGUGGUCGCCGGCUUCGAGAGAGAGGAAGAGAUUGUAACUGUAUUGUACUUUACUGCUUUCUUAUUUUCUGCAUGUCAAUCAACUGUUCAGUCGGAAAACAACAUGAUGUCGAAUGUGUCCAGCUCUGUUGAUCCACCGAACAAUAGCUCUGAUGAUGCACUGAACAAUUCCAUUAAUACCAAUGUUGUUGAUGAAGAAGAGCCACAUAUACAAGAUUUUCAAGAAUCGGUUCGUAGUACUUAUUAUCAUUCACCGAAUGGCACUAGAUAUUGGACACCCAAUGUACUGGAAGCGUAUAGACCUGUUUUGGGUACGGUAUUUGCUAAAGAGGAAGAUGCAAUUUCCAUGUAUCAGUCAUAUGCUGAGAAAGCUGGAUUUGAUAUUAGGUUGUCGACAACUAAGAAAUCAAAAGAUGGUACUGUUAGACUUAGGUAUGUUCUUUGUAGUAGAUCGGGAAAGCCCAAUUGCCAAAAUGUUGAUUCAAUGGUUUUGAAGUCAUCUUCCAAGUUGCCUCGUAGCAGUAAUUACAAGGUUUCAGACUGUAAAGCUAAAAUAAAGGUUAAAGUUUUCAAGGGUUAUCCUGGUUUACGGUUAUAUGAAUUUGUUGAGUCUCAUAAUCACCCGUUAGUUUCAAUUGAGAACAUGGAUUUGACGCGCAAGAGGCGGCAACUAGAAUUUAGCGACCAAGAUUUCAUUCAUAGGCUAAGUUUAGCUAAAGUUGGCCCGUCAACUGCCUUUAAGAUGCAAGCUGUUUUGAAAGGGGGACAACACAACGUCCGUGGUACCAACAUAGAAUAUAAAAAUUUCAGCAAGGAUUUAAGAGCUUUCAUUGGUAAAGGAGAUGCUCAAAUGGUUGUAAAUAUGAUGGAUAAACGUAAAGUUAAUUUAGAAAAUUACUAUUGCCAUUACAUAAUUCGUCAUGGAGAGCUUAGGUCCUUAUUUUGGGCAGAUGAGGUUAUGAAGUGCAAUUACAGAGUUUUUGGCGAAGUGUUAGCUUUUGAUGCCACCUACAGUACUAACCAGUAUAAUAUGAUUUUUGUUCCUUUUACGGGGGUUGAUCACCAUAAGAAUUGCGUAACAUUUGCGGCUGCUCUUCUUUAUGAUGAAACUAUUGAGUCGUUCACAUGGAUGUUGGAACAAUUUCUUGAAACACAUGAUGAGGUUAUGAAGUGCAAUUACAGAGUUUUUGGCGAAGUGUUAGCUUUUGAUGCCACCUACAGUACUAACCAGUAUAAUAUGAUUUUUGUUCCUUUUACGGGGGUUGAUCACCAUAAGAAUUGCGUAACAUUUGCGGCUGCUCUUCUUUAUGAUGAAACUAUUGAGUCGUUCACAUGGAUGUUGGAACAAUUUCUUGAAACACAUGUUAAACAACCGAGGCUAGUGUUAACCGACCAAGACCCGGCAAUGAAACAAGCCAUAGCUAAAGUUUUCAAUGAAUCUGUCCAUCGUCUAUGUAUGUGGCAUAUUAUGGAUAAACUUCCUCAUAAGAUUGAUGGUGAUGUGUUACAGAAUACCAACUUGAGGCGUCACAAGUGGUUGUCUGAUAUGUUUUCUAUUAGAGAUCAGUGGGUCCCAGGUUAUUUUAGGGACAUACCAAUGUGUUGUUUAAUGAAAACAACGUCUAGAUGCGAAAGUUCAAACGCACUUUUUAAGGUAAACUCUAGCGCAUCGAAUACUUUGGUUCAGUUUAUGUUGUGUUUUGAGAUACCAAUUGAUGGUCAACGCUACCGGCAACGGGUUUCUGAGCAUAAAACCGAAUCAAUUUCUGCCGCCUUAUCCACUCCGUUACCUAUAGAAGCACAUGCAGCACUUGUAUACACCAGAAGCAUUUUUAAGGAGGUCCCAAAGGAGAUAUCUAAAGCCUUAUUAUCAUGUAUGAAUGGCAGACCUAAUGUUGUUGAUGGUUAUGAACAUUAUACGGUUUCUCACUUUGAAAAAGGGACCGUUAUUGGUGAUUACACGGUUAAGAUCAAUCCGAGUGAUAACUCGGUUACAUGCUCAUGUAUGUUAUUUACACGCAUUGGAUAUCUAUGUCGUCAUGUUUUUUCUGCAUACCGAUUUCGUGGCAUAAACAAAAUUCCUGACAAGUAUAUAGCUCCAAGGUGGAAAAAAGAUGCAUUGCCUAAGAAAGUGUUCAACCUUGAAUUCCGUUAUGGUGUUGACAGCUCAGAAAGCUUUAAGCUUAGGUCAGAGGCGCUGAAUUUAGCUCAGCAGUGUGGUGAUCGAUUACGGGAUGAUUCAGUAAAGCUUGCUUGGUUUGUGGAACAAAUCAGGGCUAUUAAGAACACAAUUUUUGAAGAGGUCACAACUGAUCCAAGUUCUAAGAAUAAAGGUGGUGUCUUUGAAGAAUUGAUUGGAGAAUCACAACCUGAUAGUGUUUCUUUUGUCGCUCCCCAAGGUAUUAGGAAUAAAGGAUGUGGGACAUCUCGCCGUUUGAUUGGCCCGGGAGAGAAAGCCAAGGUUAAGAGCAAGAAGAAAAAAAGGAAUUGCAAAUUUAACGAAGAUAAUGAUGAAGAAAAUGAUGAAGAUAUGGAUGAAGAUAGUGAUGAAGAUAGCGAUGUAGAUGGCGAUGAAGAUAGCGAUGAAGAUAGCCACGAAGAUAGUGAUGGUGAAUGA